AUGCCCUGGAGAAUGGGUGGCAACAUCCAGGGUCCCUGGGUCCGAGGCUGGAAGAGCCUCUGGUCAGGUGUGGGAACUGCCAGGUCAGGUCUGGAAGAGCUGUGGGGACUACGGGGGCAUCAGUGCCUACACCAGGAGCCCCUGGAGCCGACCCCGUUGCUAAUAGAGAAGCCUCUGUCUGAGUGGCCAGUGCCUCAGUUCGUCAACCUUUUUCUGCCGGAGUUUCCCAUUAGGCCUCUUACAGGGCAUCACCAGCUGAAGAUUUUAGGACUUGUGGCUAAAGGCUCCUUUGGAACAGUCUUCAAGGUGCUAGAUUGUGACCAGAAAGCAGUAUUUGCAGUGAAGGUGGUGUCCAAGGUAAAGGUCCUACAGAGGGACAUCCUGAGGCAGUGCAAAGAGGAGGUUAGCAUCCAGCGACAGAUCAACCAUCCUUUUGUACACGGUUUGGGGGACAGCUGGCAGGGAAAACGACACCUCUUCAUUAUGUGCAGCUACUGCAGUACAGAUCUGUGCUCCCUGUGGUCCUCUGUCGGCUGCUUGACUGAGGCUUCCAUCCGCCUCUUUGCUGCUGAACUGGUUCUGGUGCUGUGCUAUCUCCAUGAUUUGGGCAUCAUCCACCGAGAUGUGAAGAUGGAGAAUAUCCUUCUGGAUGAACGAGGCCAUGUGAAACUGACAGACUUUGGUUUGUCCCGCCACCUGCCCCAGGGAGCCCGAGCCUAUACUAUCUGUGGCACCCUUCAGUACAUGGCCCCAGAGGUCCUGAGUGGAGGGCCUUACAACCAUGCUGCUGACUGGUGGUCCCUGGGUGUCUUGCUUUUCUGUCUGGCAACUGGGAAGUUCCCAGUGGCUGCAGAGAGGGAUCAUGUGGCCAUGUUGGCAAGUGUGACACACUAUGAUUCUGAGGUCCCAGCUUCUCUUAACCAGGGGCUCUCACUCCUGCUCCAUGAGCUCUUAUGCCAGAAUCCCCUCCACCGUCUACGUUAUUUGCAUCACUUCCAGGUCCACCCUUUCUUUCGGGGUGUGGCCUUUGACCCAGAGCUCCUACAGAAGCAGCCAGUGAACUUUGUCAUGGAGACACAAGCUACCCAGCCCAGUCCAUCGGAGUCCAUGCUUUUCAAGAACUUUGACUGUAACCUGGAGUCCUACCUGGUCCAUCCCAGCCUUGCUUGA